AUGGAACCAUCAAGCUCAACAAAAGGCUUCUUCCAACUCAAACCCACCAUUCCACCUCAAUACCUCGAAGACCGCGCCCUCCUACGCAUCAUCUCUCUAUACCUCCCCACGCCACUCCCAUCCACAAUCUCCUCAGACCUCCUCCGCUUUUCAAAGCUCGUACUCUCAAAACCCGUUCUGGGUUACAUAGCAGACGCAGAGAAGAAUCUUCCCUAUCUCAAACCUCUUACUUCAUUCGGGGAGGAGAAUAGGGAUGAUCCGUUGGUUACCAGUGAGGGGUGGAGGAGGUUACAAGAGAUUGGUAUAGAAGAGGGUAUAGUGGCGCUUGCCUAUGAGAAGAACAGCAACGGAGAAAAGGCGGGGUGGAAUCCUCGGAUUCAUCAAUUUGUGAAAUAUCAUAUUUGGAGUGGGAGUUCGGCUAUAGUUACUUGUCCCAGCGCAAUGACCGAUGGCGCGGCAAAGCUUCUGGGAAAGCAUUUACAUGAUGACCCUGAAACUAAUGAAAUAUUUGCGCAUGCUAGGGAGAGAUUGAUCAGUCGUCAGAAUGGAUUUGCAUGGACGAGUGGACAAUGGAUGACAGAACGCAAAGGCGGAAGUGAUGUUCGCGGUACUGAGACUAUUGCCGUCAAGCUCAACGACGCAACGGACGGAUACGAUACAAACGGACAACCCUUGGGACCAUGGCGAAUCGACGGAUUCAAAUGGUUCUCUUCCGCGACAGAUGCGAACAUGACCAUCCUGUUAGCCAAGACGGGCGGUGGAAGUGAUCGUAAAGAUAGCCAGAUCAGCGCGUUCUACGCCCCGUUGAGGCGACGAGCCAACGGCUCAGACGAAAACCAGACAGAGUUGAAUGGUAUCCGAAUCCAGCGGCUGAAGAAUAAACUCGGUAUGCGCGGCUAUCUGAUUGGCAAGGAAGGUCAAGGCGUCAAAGAAAUCUCUCACAUAUUGAACAUCACGCGCAUGCAGAAUAUUAUUUCGGCUGUGGGUGCGUAUGGACGAGGGUUAGCAAUUAGUCGAGCAUUCGCGCGAGUCAGGAGUGUCAGCGGGAAACUCCUCUCCGAUGUAUCAGCGCACGUCCGGGGUUUGGCACAGGAACAUGUUAAUUAUACGGCUCAUAUGCAUUUAUCAUAUUUCAUUGCUGCUCUACUCGGUCGUUCGGAGGGAUUUGAGCCUGGGGACGAUACAUCUGCCGCUACAUCAUCAGGGAUCCUCCCAAAAACCAUGGAAGAAAUAAACGCACUCUACCGCCUCCUCACACCAAUCGCCAAAGCCCAAACGGCGCUCAGCGCAAUCAGCGGCCUAAGAUCCUGCAUGGAAUCUUUGGGAGGAGUCGGAUAUCUCGAAAACGAAGACCCCGAUCUAAACAUCGCGCGACUCUUUCGCGAUGCAAACGUCCUCGCAAUCUGGGAGGGGACGACGGAUGUCAUGGCCGAUGACUUUGUGCGCGUCGUAAAGAGGGGGAAAGAUGGGAUGAAAAUUCUAGCUGUCUUUGAAGGAUGGGUUGGAAAUUCCUUGCGUGUCGCGGAAGGGGCUGGUUUGAAGGCUGAAGCGGCGAAACUGAAAAAUACGGCGGAACGCGUGCUGAUGGAUUUACGCGGAAAGGAGAAAGAGGAACUGGCUUGGAGGGGAAGAGAGUAUUUGCGUGAUUUGGAUUGGUUGGUUUGUGGGUGUUUGUUGAUUCAUGAUGCGGUUAGGGAUGGGGAUGGGGUUGCUGGAGAGGUUAUGAUGAGGUGGAUUCAUGGAGGAACUUCGAGGGAUUGGAGGGAAGAAAGUGUUUGGGAUCGGAAGAUUGUUUUUGGUGAUGAGGUUGUUUCUGCUAAAUUGUGA